AUGGAACAAACUCCCAAACGAGAGGCGGCCUCGGACGCCGUGCCCACGGCCAAAUUCUUACAAGCCCGCAUUACUGCUCUCUCAACCACCCUGAUCAAGAGGCUCGAGAACAUUCUAGCUGUGGCUCUCGAUGACACCGCCGCACAAUCCGCCGCGGCGUCUGCAGGCACAGCGAAUGCUCCAGCUCCACCAUCAUUGACAGACACGGCUGUUCAACAGUUUCAACUUGACGUCGAAUCGACGGCAAUCGUUCGCGCGGCAGAGGAGAUCAUAAUGUUGACACGGACGAUGAAGGAGAUCUGGCUCUUUGGCGGAUUGGACACGCUCAAAGACGACCACGAAGGCCAGGAUGUCAACGGCCAGGACAAGGCAGCAAUAAGACUGAAGAUGGAGGAGGAUGUCAAGGUGGUGGAAGAGGGGUUCAAGAAAUUUCUAGAGAAGUACGAGACAGCGCUCGACGUGAGCAACACCAAAGAGUGA